AUGGAUAAAACACAAAAAGGAACGCGCAUAGGGCCGCUGCCUGGGGGUCGCCGGGGCGCGUCUGGAGCUGGCGCUGGACGCGGCAGCAUGCGGGCCGCCAGCCGAGCGCGAGGAGCUGCACGAUCACCUAGCAGCCCCUCGCAUCCAUCAUCCCCACCAGAAGGCUUGGUGUCGGCUGGGUCUUCUCGGACCCAGCAAGCGGCACCCGCCGCUGGUGGAGCACGUCGCAUGCGUUGGACAAAAUCCAUGAACGAAAACGCAUUGCGGGCGUACUAUAGGGCGAAAGGGGAAGAAACUGUGGGAAUAGCGUAUAGGUCUCGGAUGCAUUGCUUUUUUGCAGAGCUGGAGCCGUCUAUCCCCGUCACGGAACAAAACCUGGCAGACCGAGUUCUACGACGUGAGGCUGUUCCCUCGUCGGAUGAGAAUGCUACGGCUGAGGAUGCGGCGCCACAAAUGGUAGAGCAACCCGCAAACGUGGAUGCCGCCGUGAAUACCCCAGUUGUGGUUGGUUCAAACGAUGAUGGAACAGUCGCCCAGGAACUGGAAUUAGAGCAUAUGAGAAGUACAUUGGAAGAGGCGAUUACGGAAACGCGCAGUACGCCUCUCGAAAAUCGACCGCGACUUCCCCGCAUAGCCCUAAGCAAGCGGAAUCGGGCUGUCGUGAGGGCUCUGAACCCAAUGCUGGUGACCUAUUUGGAAGCCAGCCGGGACCUUUGCGAGACGGACUCAGUUCUUUUUGGCGCCGCGCUGGCAGUCUGCCGUAUCAUAGGCGCCAAGGUUUCCACUGCUGGACGCGCUACUGGCCAUAGUAGCGCUAUCCCAGCAUGGAGAAGAAGAAUUGAGGAACGUAUCGCAAAGGCUAGAGCUCUCAUCGGCAGACUGAUAUGCUUCAGAUCAGGCAACAACAGGCCAAGAAUUGUGCGCACCGUCAGGAUGGCGUUUGCUGGAACAAAUGUCAGUUUGUCCCAGCCGGAUAUAACACAAAAACUGACGGAGCGCAUAGAUGAUCUGAAGCAGAGAAUCGCUGCUUGGGGAAAGCUGAUUCGGCGAUAUACCGAGAGGUCGACACGGUUCAACCAGAAUCGUCUCUUCCAGAGUGAUCAGAAGAGGCUCUAUGAAUCAUUGGAGCGACCAAUGGUAAGUGGAACGGGUCCAGCACCGAAUCAGGCCGACACUGUAGCAUUCUGGCGCGGCCUGUGGUCAGAGCCCGUAAACCACAGCGAGGGCCCUUGGACGGAAGUUGUGGCGAGUCAGUGUGCGGGUAUUACGCCCAUGGACCCCGUCAUCAUAACGCCGGAUGACGUAGCUGAGGCGGUCCGUAGGGCCCCGAACUGGAAAAGUCCGGGGCUUGACGGGCUGAAUCACUACUGGCUGAAGGGGUUCAUGGAGAACAUUUUACAAUAUCCAAAUACUGGUGCUAUUCUAGAUUUAAAAUCGCACGGAAAUUUCAUUUACAUACAAAUACAACGAGUUAAAAUAUCAUUUAUAAACCAGGAACUCGAUUAUUUGUUCUAUUAA